AUGAUUAGAAGUCCAGAUUUAGACUCCUUUGUUUAUUGUGCUGUGUGUUCAAAAAUAAUACCACCACCACCUUCCAACGCUACUUUUGAUCAGAUUCGGGAGUACAAGCCUUUCAGAACACGGUAUUACACGCAUCGCGAUAUACUGGAGAUCGGAGCAGACAUUCAACAAGAACAACAUAAAAAGAAGGAGGCAGAGACACAAGAGCACAUUGAAAAAAUGAAAGCUGAACUUUGGUCUCAGGCUGAAAUGCUCAGGGAAGAUGCAGUGGAUAAAGCUCUCAAAGAGGCAGAUGCUAACCAUCGUGCAUUUGUAGAAGACCUUAAACAAAAACUUCAAACAGAAUUAAAGGAAGAGGUGAGGAAGGCGAAGGCAGAGAUGCAGCGGUACAUGGAGGAUGAGCGGAAGAGAGAGGCUGAAGCUGCAGAGCAGCACAUGGCCCACAGACUUCAGCAUGUCCUCAUGGAGUGUGCCCAGGAGAAGACGCAAGCGGUGUCCGAAGCCAGGAAACAGGAGAGGGAGGCAGCCCUGGAGGAAGCAGCCAGGCAGCACAGCAAGCACUUAGAGCAACUCAAAGAAGAAAGUAUAUUAGCUGAGGAACUGUACCGUAAGAAUAUAGAGCAAUUAAACAAAGAAAAAUGUCAUGAGAUUAAUAUUGCCAUGACUAUCGCACAAGAAGAGAAUCAGACUCAGAUUGAAAAACAGCUCAGAGAAGCAGAGACACUAUACCAUGAUGAGCUGGAAAAAGUAAUGGUUAUGCUGAAAGCAGCAGAAGAACAGGUAAAGACUCUCACGCAAAAACUGGAAAAGAUGACAGAUUGGAAGGACCACCUGGAAACUGAAAUACAAGCAACAAGAAAAGCUUUUCAAAAGUAUAUUGAUGCCACAUUUCCUGACCUGUCCCCUGGACAAGCAGAUUUUAUUCUGCCAUUCAGAAAAGCAUUUGAGCAGGACACCCCAGAAGAAGCAGAGGACGGUGACAAGGAAUAUUAG